CCGCCGGCCGCCACUCGCCCCUGGACCCCUGCUCUUGAGCUCUUCCACGCCGACGAGCACACAGCAGUGAGCGCGUGUCAUGUUGGCGGCACGCGUUAACCUCAAGGGCUGGCAGCAGGCGGCUGUUGCAGUUGGCUCUGCAUUUGGGGCCUUGCUUGAUCCUAAGAGAGCUGAUCUGAUAGCUGCGCUUGGGGAGACUACUGGGAAGCCAGCAUUUGAGCGUGUGCUCCAGCGCAUGAGGAACAGUCAUGAAGGCAGGGAAAUUCUUUUGGAGCGUCCUCGGGUUAUAUCCACACAGGUUUCCCGUGCCUGGGACAUGCCUGAGAACACAUUUGGUGCUGCCUACGCUCAGUUCAUGGGAUCAAGGAACUUCUCACCAGACGACCGCCCGCCAGUUCGCUUCAUGGACACCGACGACCUUGCCUUUGUUGCAACCCGUGCCCGUGAGGUGCAUGACUUUUGGCACGUGCUGUUUGGCCUUCCGACCAAUCUGAUUGGCGAGACUGCUCUCAAGGUGAUCGAGUUUGAGCAGAUGUUCCUCCCAAUGUGUAUGCUCUCUGUUGCCGGUGGGUCUGUGAGGUUCAGCGAGAAACAGAGGAAUCUGUUUUUCCAGCAUUAUUUCCCAUGGGCGACCAAGGCAGGUCUCAACGCUACGGACCUGAUGUCUGUGUACUAUGAGAAGCACUUCCAUGAAGAUCUGGAAGAGGUGAGGAGAAACUGGGGAAUUGUGCCGUGCCCAGAUCCCAAAAAGAGCAGCGUUGUUUAGACUUCAGAGCAAAACGUUUUGUAUCAAAACCAUCUGCACUCGGCUUUCGGCUUUUGGCCUUCUUCGUUAUGUCAGCUUCUCUGUUUUCUAUAGUAACGCUAUUGAUAUAUAUUAGAAGUAAAUAGGGCAUGGUAGCGUUUUCCGUUGUAAGAAAGCACACCAUGUUGAACAUCAGGUACUUUUGUCUGAUGUAUAUUUAUGGUUUACUCAAAUGUCUUCUAUUA